GCUCAAUCUCUCCCGUGGCCGUUCUAUAUUCUCCUUCUCUCCCCACACAUACUCUUAAUCGAUAAUCAUUGCCACGCAUGGCUUCGGGCAUGCUCCAGGACUCCCUUCCCUCCCCUCCCUCCACCUCGUCGGCUGGUCCGCGAUUCAGGCCCUAUGCCAGCCCCACCCACCAGGUCACCAAGGGCCGCUACAUCACCAGUAACGAUCCCAGAGGAUACAUUCCCGUCUACGAGUACCCUCUCAAUGGCCAGUGGAUCAUGAUGGACAUCGACGAUGGCUACAUCCUCUGGACAGGCAUCUGGAAAGCGCUCGGCAACUCCAAAGCCGACAUUGUCAAGAUGAUCGAUUCGGAGCCGGAUCUUGCAAAAGUCGUCCGCCGUGUGCGCGGCGGCUACCUCAAGAUUCAAGGAACGUGGAUGCCAUAUGAGGUCGCCAUGAGGCUGUCUCGCCGUGUGGCUUAUCCUAUCCGCGAUGAUCUCGUCCCCCUCUUUGGACCAACCUUCCCCAGCACAUGCAUGACUCCUGAGCAGCCCGGGUAUGGUCAGGUUGUCGUCUCCUCCACCCGCCGGCGAGCACGGCGUCCUGCCACGCAGCCUGCCGCUACGCCCUCGUCGGCACCCCUCGGUGCACCCUUGCCUGGUGCAGGACCCAGCCCAAACCUCAUGCGCCUCCCGCACUAUUCUCCAGCCCAGGCGUAUGCCUCGCCCACGGCGUAUCGCGAUCCGUAUCACGGACGGACCGUCAGCGUCAGCAACAGCUACCACAACGCUGCGCCCUCUUCCUACCCGCAGCACCAUCACCUGCAGCACCACCCAUCAUACGACCACAUGUCUCGCGAGCGCUCUCCACGGGAACGUGAGCGUACAAUGUCGCAGCUCCCGAUUCCGGGCCCGCCGUUGUCGACAACGCCAAGAUCGCGGUACUCGCCGUACCCGAGCAGCUCGAGGAAAAGGUCGAUUUCGAGCGAUCCGUCGCUCGCACUUGAUAUUCCUGCGUUGGCGCUGAGCGAUCGGGACGGGCGGUCAGAUCGUUUCCCCGGCGAGGAGAUUGUGUUGCCGCCGCUGAGAGGUGAUGGGCCGUUGAAGGCCUCACGCAAUGCGAGAGUGGUCAUGGCAGGUGGGGACGCUGGGAAGGCUGGGUAUGCGUUACCUCCGAUUUCGGCCCUUGAGGAUCUGCGUGGUAUUUCGACGCAUGAUUCGGCGAGGGUGCUGCAGAGGCUGAAGGCGGCGGACGAAGAGCGAGAUGUGGAGAUGUCAGUGUCUGACCGCGAGCGAGACAGGGAGUACGAAAGAGAGCGGGAGCGGGAGAGGUCGAGAGAGCGGGAGUACAGCUCGCGGCAGCGGCGGUUGUCCGUCCCACAAUACAGGUCGCCUCAAACGAGUGCAUCGGCCUGGCCACGUCCGACGACAUCGUCGUACUCACACCAGCAUUAUCCCUACCCGCCUUCACACCGCGACAACACCUACCUUCGUGCAUCCCCUUCAUCACACGAGGACUCGUCCGCAGGUGGUAUCUCGCCCGUUUCGCCCGCCACUCCACGGAGCGCCGAUCUCCCGCCCCCGCCGACGCUCGUGCAUCGCGCCUCGGGCUCGUCGACGAGCUCUGGCGGUGUCGCAUCCUCCCAUGACCGCCGACCGUCCUAUUCGUCUUAUGCUCAUGGUUCGGCUAGUUACCCAGCCCAUGUAGCUAAGGACCGCGUUGAAUCAGGGCUGCACAUCCUGAGCAAUGUCUCGGUGAGCGCGUGCCGCGCAUCCUGUGACGAAAGCCCGCAGGAACGGGGGCCUAUGAGGCCUUGGUAAGCAAGGCAAUCUUGCUAGCCUUGCGAUCCUUUACCUUUUCCGUUUCUUACUCGUUCUCGACUUCGUUCCCUUCGUCGUCGCAUAAUCCACCAUUUACACGGUUGCAUUGUUCAUAGUCCGUUAAUUCAGCUUCAACCCUACGCUACGUUCUAUGAUUCACGCUUUGGAUACCUCCAUUACCGCUGGCCUGUCAUUGUCAUUGUCAUCUCAUGUUCUAUGUUUUUGUUUCAUCUCUCGUCUCGUGCAUUGUUCUCGUUCUGCAUCUGUACUGUACAUUGCGCAUACAUACACACACCACAUAGGUUAGGACCAUGUCAAAUUUACUUUAUCGUUAUCCACUUCGCCUUUCGACGUCAUCCACUAACUAGUACCAGUAUACAUUGCAAUACGAUGCAAUUCCGUUCACAUGUCGCAUUCAUAAU